GUACUAGGCUGUGGGUGUUGGGGAUGAGGGGUCUCCAGGGCUCUCACACCUUCACUUCCCGGGAAAAACUCAUGUGAUCUGAUGUUAAUUUUCAAGGGAGGAUCACCUACUCUUUAUGUUCCAGAUUGUGGCAUUUGCCAAGCUAUAAAAGAAAAGGUUGAGCUUUUUCUUGGCCCAUCUGUGGAUGACUAUGUUAACUUUGUGAAGAAAUACAAGGAUGACAGUGCCACACUGGAAAAUGCUGAAAAUCUGAAGAACUGUGCUGAUAACAAUUUGAGAGAGGAAGACAAGGAGAGUGUACACAGUUUGCUGGCGAAAAUAGAUGCUGACAAAUACUGUUGAUGAAUCCAUCUUUGUGGGAAGACUCAAGGAAACCACUAAACUGCUCACCUGCAUAGAUGCAGGAAGCCCUACCCCUACCCUCCAGGUGUCUAAGACCAGGAUUCCAACAAUAAA